CAGAUUGGGAUUGGAUCGCCUGGAUCUAUAAAUUUAUGAGACGACGCGGUUAUUCCGUUGUCUUAUAAAAUUUGAUAUUUGUAAACAUUUGCGUUAGGGCCCGUCACUCUCACAAGCCAUGUCAGUGCUAGUUAUCACGCUUAUUGUAUUUAUAUCUGCUGUAUCCGCCAAUCCGACGGGGCAGCUGUGUGACAUCUACACCAAAAAUGUAACUGAAAUUGUUACCAAAUGUUUAGUCAACGAUUCCUCCAACUUGCUCCAGGCCUUGAGCAACAAAGAGUCACAAAUCGACGUCAUCUGCAAUCAAUUGGAAAAGGUCUCAGACUUGAUCUAUUGUAUACAAGAAGAUAUAAUUGACUGUCUGUCUUACGGAGAGGAGAUGAGGUCCAUAUUGCCAGAUAAGAAAAGAAUGUUGCAUGGCUUGAAGUUUAUUUGUCAACACAAAGAAGAAAUUGUUGACAACGACUGCAUGGCGAGCACCCAGUUAGCGCACACACAAUGUCUAGUGAGUAAAUUGUACAUUCUGAAGCAGGUCCAGGGAGAACCGAAUAGUAACAAUAUACAGCCAGCCAUUUGCAGUAUGAUCAAAGCUCAAGAAGAAUGUUACGACUUGUUCCAUGGCAGCUGCUCUAGACAACUAGUAGACCUCGCCAAAGAGGCUUACAGGAAGCUCUUCCAAGUAGAACGCUGUGACCCCAAUCACUACAUCUCAACGGAAAACUCUAAUGAGGCUAUGAAGCAUCUACUGCGCAGCAUUCUGUUACCCGGAAGAACCUACGGUCGUAAAUACCAGAAAGAUGAAUUACUGUUUACCCUCAACACUACGCCUUCAAGAACUGAACCAAAUAGUGAAAUCAAAGCUACAGAAGAGGCCUAUUAGAAAUAUUUAUGUAUACAUAGGCCGUGGACUGUAUCAAUUAGAAAAAUG